AAAUUUGUUUCUCACGAAUUGUCAAAUGUAUUUUCAAAAGCCAACAUUUAAACAUGAGGGCAGCACAUUACGGUGAGUACAUACAGCGUCGUCUCACUGAGAAUUGAUGAAACGACAGAAAUGUAGCUAACGAAACGGAACGAACUUCCAUAUCGACAGAAGAUUUAAUUAAUCACAUACGUCAAAACUAACAGGGAGUUUUGCAGAUUUAUAUAUUUAUAUGAAGUAAAGCACUAAUUAUUGUUUAACAAGAUAUUUAUAAUGUUCCAUUGAUGUAUAUGCAUAAUCGUGAAAUCCCAGUUGCAACUGGUAUCGUAUCGACUAGGGGACACUUAUUUUAGCUUGCAGGUUCGGUAUUCUCCACCUUGGCGGCGACACUGUCGCUCAUUCUUGUGUAUCUCGGCAGUGUUCGGCAGUAUCGGAAUCACUGCCGAAGAGAGUCGAUCGCUCACGAAGUUCCAGUGGCGCGCGCGGUUGUGCAGGUUAUUUUUACGCGGGUCUUCGCUCGACUUCGGCCAGCCGACGAAAGGAACACGGCUCGACAAAACCCUCGCGCUUAAAGCAACUCAUGACUAGCACUCAGAGUUACAUGAGUCUCGCAGUUAACGUCGGAAUUGCGCGAGACAUAGCAAUAAUUGAAAUUGGCAAAUACCUAAGUAAUCCAACAGUAAACACUUAAGACGGGGGGACAAGCAGAUCGCUAGACAAUCGAAGUAUUAUUUUCUUUUAUUAAAUUUCUUGUCUAAAAUAAUAAUCGUAGCUGGGUACAAGAAUAUGUGAUAUAACAGGCAUGAGAUACGAACGUACUGAAAGCAUGCAAUCGAGUGAUAUAUCAGUUGGUAUUUAGAAUCUGAUUGUUUACAAUUUAAUAGGUAAUUCAUUUAAUUCGCGAGUGUCUGUGUACAGUGAAGAAGGAAUAAUGCGUGGCUGUGCUUUAUCGUGCUCCUCGUGUGCUGUCACGAUGAUAUAACAAGAAUCUGCCGGAUGCUGUCAGUUCCUGGGUGAGACGUGGUGUCGCGUUAAGGGACUUGGUUUAGUUGAUUCCGAGGGACUUUGAAGAGAAGGUGAAAUAGAAUAAAUAAAAGAAAAUAAAGCGUCCCCCCAUAAUAUUAAAAUUUCUAAGAGUGAUCGAAGAAAGUGAAAAUAAAUAAACAAGGUUUUUUGCGAGUGCAAUCGAGAGCAUCUGGACAGGAGAGUGUGUGUCAAGAGGAGGGAGACGCGAGUGUGACAUGCUGAACAGAGCGUAAUGGGCAGCAGGCCCCAUCCGAUACCAACCCCGAAAACAUCCGGUCCCGCUCACAGGAGACUGGCGAAGAUCGGCAAGGUAACCUCAGAGAGUUCAUCACCUCCGGGUGACAUAUCCGUUACCACUGUGAAUCAAGGAGCCGUCGGAAGUCGUGGAUUUCCAUUAAAGGUGAAGAAGGAAGCACCCGAUGAUGAGAUCAAGGAAUACGCAGCAACGGCCAUGAGUGAACUCUUGGGUUGGUACGGGUAUGAGAAGGUCGACAGCGGCUGCACCAGAGGCUUGAAUCUCGACCACUUCGCGCCACCGGCGACCUCAAGGUCCCAUCACCUACCUCAGGUACUGGCGCGCACCCUGGCCAAUCGUCCGCUCUCGUCGAGGUCACCUCCUGGCGCAGCAUCGUCAUCUAGAUCACCACCCAUCAAUGUCUCGUCCGUGGUAUCUUCCAGGGAUACCAACAGCAGACCCCCGACUACCUCGCCGCUUUCGCUGAGGACCGGACCAGCGAGUCCCAGGGCACCCGAGAGCAGCGACACGGCACCGGAUACUCCUGAUGGACCGUCCAUGUGCUCCUGGUGCGGACGAACUGGCGGAACUUGGGAACCUGGUGGGAUUUCCGGUGGCGCUAAUACUUCCAGUCAGUUCUGCAGCGAAGCGUGUUUCGCCGCUGGUCGGCGUGCGGCAUUUAAAAGGGCUCGGACCUGCGACUGGUGCAGACACGUGCGACACUCGGUUAGCUACGUCGAUUUUCAGGACGGCGAGAGUCAGUUACAGUUUUGCAGUGACAAAUGCCUGAAUCAAUACAAGAUGAACAUUUUCUGUCGGGAGACACAGGCCCACCUGGAGUUGCACGGGUUGGCGGGUAUACCCUCGACAAACGGAGGCUCCGCCGGAUUAAUAACACCGGAUUUAUGGCUGCGAGACUGUCGUUCACCGCCUCCGAGCCCGUCGGAGGAGAUGCUCGUUGUCGACGACGAGCCGUUUACCCGGCCGUCUUCGUUGCCCGAGGACGACGAGAGGUUCGAACGCGAGGACUCGAGCACUAAGGACGAGCCUGAUGCUUGUCCCGGUGGAAGGUUGUCCAGUUCUAGGAGUUCGAUCUACGCCAGAACUCGUUCCAGGACCUUGGCCAGGAACAAGGAGCAGGACGAUACUCUUGAUGGCGAGAUACAGGAAGCCAUGAGAGAGUCCCUGAAGGAUCUGAAGGAACUAAACAAAUCGGUCAAGGAUUCCGUCAAGGAUAAGGAACCUGAGAGGAACUCCAAGGACGCUGCUGAACAACCGGAUGUAUCGGGAUCCAUGCACCAGACCAUCCCAAGGCCUAAGGAUUACAGCAUGGCUGAUAUACUUGGGCAGGACUCUGCGAGCUCACACGAGUCCUGCAGGGAUCCUCCUGAGAAUUCAGGACGCGAGGGUGGUAUUCAUAUUAAGGAUGUUAAGGAACUAUUAAUGCGAGAGCCACCCAGGAGUCGCAGGACUCUGAGACACGCCAGGCCACGCAGGGUGCAACGUUCGCCACCCUGGGAAGCACCGGGUGGCUUACCACAACGUAUGCCAAGUUCGCCACGUGGAUUCUUACCUCAUCAAACUCAUCCUGGAUUCAGGUAUCCAACGCAUCCUGGUAUGUUUCCAGGAAGGCCGCCUUUAAUCCUCAGAUCACCUGCACCACUUCAGCCACCUUUAAACCCACCACAGCCUUCGUUGCUACCGCCGGUCACCGUUCUGGUACCUUAUCCUAUUCCUAUACCUAUACCCAUACCUAUCCCUAUUCCGAUUCCACUUUUUGGAAAGAUUCCUAACGAGAAUGGAGAAGCUACGCGCAAGGCGACUAUGAGGUCCGAGAGUCCUGUUCCUGAGGAUUUGUCUCAAAAGGCUAAUUCGAGUCCAGCCUCCAGGAACCUUCAGGAUCAUCCUGCGACAGUGAAUAGUCUACCUUCCUCGUCCACGAGUACUCAUCAUCAGGGAAUUAUUAAACCUGAACAGGAUGUUCAUCAAGGGAGGAACUCACGACCAUUCAGGAAGAGAAGAAGGAUCCAGGAGGGUGGCGAGGAUAAAGAAAUGGAAUUGAAAAGGGGUAGUAAAUUUGUACCGGUGUGAAAACCGCCUUAAUAGGUGUCUUUAUAGUUAUGGUGCUAUGUAAUUUUUGUCUUUUAUAUCUGGGCACGAUUCACGGGCCUCUUUUUUCAAUUCUUUUUAUUAUAUUUUUUCUUCCUCUCACUCUUCACUACCUUCAGUAUUAUUCUUUCUCUCAUUUUUUGUCUUCUUUCCUUUUCCUUCUUUAAAUCUCACCAAGAUCUCCGCAGUGUCGUAGUUAAUAACAAGUCUUACAAAAAAUGGCAAACAAUUUUUCUAGAUUCUUAUUCACCGUUUACGUUUAUACGAGAGUAGUUUUUAAAAGGACGAAUCUGCUACGCAGUAUGCAACAUGUUACAAUGAUUAAUUAUACGCAUUAAUAUCUACAAGUUAUAAUAUACUGAAUGUAUUAUUGUUAUUGCUCGCAUCGGUACCGUUGAUAAUUGCGCUGUCACGUAUGGGAAACCAAAAAAGUUAUACGUACUACAGGCAUUAUUUUUAUUUGUUAUAAUUUUUAAUGGUGCAACAAAGAUGCGGCUAAAGAAAAAUUCUUUUUCAUAUACACACUUGUCAGUAUAGUUAUCACUAUCAAUACCGAGCGACGUACCUCUAUGAUUGCACUGUGUGUAAUUUCGUUAACACGUAUAAUUUUCAUAUAGUAAUAAUAAUUCGUCAAACGAUGGGAAUAAAUGUCACAGGAAUGGAAGACUGCACUUUAUCUUGCAUUAAAUGCACGUUGAAUAAUAAAAUGUCAACUCGAUAUCCGGCAGUGGAAAAAAUUUUGCAAAUUUUUACCAAAGUCACUAUCGCACACCACGCAAUAUCUAUUUGUAAUUCUUGAAUAAUUCGAUACUGGUUUUAAAUCUCUAAUUUAAUUCGUCACUACACUGCACGUUUGUUGGGGAGGUAAAUAACCAAGGGCAGGUGAGCCCUUUGAAAUUUCUAGGAACGAUGACUCCGUAUCAUGACGGUAACUGAUUCUACGAAAAAUGUACAUUAGGUUACUGACGUGUGGAAAAAAAAGAAAUAAGAAUAAAAUUCACCCUCGUAGCAAGUAUUGUUGAGGCCAUCGUGGGUCGCUUAAUUUCUAGAUUAUAGUAAUAAGAAAAAAAGAAACGAUCUGAAACCUCAAAGAACUAAUAGAAAUAAGUAAUAACAUUGAAAAUGAAAAAGUUCUAGGAAUUCAAGGGGUUUCCUGAUAUAAAAAUAAAUCUUGAUUAAGGAA